AUGCAUACUCCACGCUCCGAGAAGUCGCAGACUCGGUACAGCACGCCCGAGCCCGACUUGGAUGACCACCGCUUCCAGCCAGAGAGCCUCCCGCCUGCAACCGAGUCGCUCGUUCAGGCUCGUCGAGGUACACUGGCCAGCAUUGUGGAUGGCGACCGACCUCAGCGUCCAGUAUUGGUUGUGCCUCAUGUCGACCGGCAUGGCUCUAUCACUCGCGACUUCGAGCACGCCGUCGACGAUGCUAACAGCAUCAGGAGUAAGAAGUCGAACCGUUCCGAACGGUUAUUGUCUCCUGACGAGGAAUGGCACAAGGAGAGGCGGGCUUCUCAGGGUGGCUCGCACAGCCCCAUGAACCCCAGAAGAAGCCAGUUUCGUAGAGCAAUGCAUAGCCGGCGAGACGACGAUGGAGCCUCGGUACGUUCGGGUGAAUCUAACCGAUCCACAUCGCCUCCAAAUUCUGUGGACGCUUUUGCGCCUACCAAUCGCCCGAGAGCUGGCACCGCGAACAGCCGCGCUCCCACUCUAGACAACACAUCCCUGAAGAGGACGAUCUCGAAUUUGACAGCUCAGCGCCAGCGGAGGCCCACCUUUGACAAUAUUGAGGUCGCCGACACGCUUGCUGCUCCGGGACUCAAGUCAGAUGUACCAUCCCGUCGCAGCUCGGUCGAAGAUGAUGUCUGCUUCCCGCCUGAAGAGCCACCAAACACCUACACGAUCGAUUUCGAGGAUCUAGAGGAGUUCGUUUCUCAGACGCACACCAAGACGCCGGUCGCGCAUCCUUUCAUGCCACACUUUACGAAGGAAAAUGCCAACCCAAAGAAGGUUCACAAUGAUCUACGUUCCAACAGCCAGAAUGGAGACUACUUCAUCAACAUGGACCAAUUCACGAAUGGCAACGCCAAUGGCAAGGUUGACGAGAAGGGUGCAAGCACCGAGCCUGAUGACAACACCCUUGCCCGAGCGCCUAGCAUGUCGGAGUAUCUCAACCGCUGGACUUUCUUCUCUUCCGAGAUUGACGAGACCAUCCAUGCUCCUGAGCUUGGCGGUCUUUUGAUGCCGGGCGAGACUUUCCGCGACCUGUUCGAGCUCGGCCCGAAAGGAGGUGUCUGGUGGCUUGACAUGCUGAACCCUUCCGAGGAGGAGAUCUCAACGAUCUGCUCCGCAUUCCGAGUCCAUCCUUUGACACGAGAGGACAUUACCACUCAAGAGACUCGUGAGAAGGUGGAGCUCUUCAGGAGCUACUACUUCCUCUGCUUCCGCAGUUUCAAUGCACUCGACAAGGAAAGCGAAGAUUACCUGGAACCAAUCAACAUCUACGCCGUCGUCUUCCGCGAAGGCCUUCUCACGUUCUCGUUCUGCCAGAACAACCAUGCCUCCCAAGUGCGAAAGCGCAUCGGUCGUCUCCGUGACUACGUGAAUCUGUCCGCCGACUGGGCCUGUUACGCGUUGAUCGACGAGAUUGUUGACUCCUUCGGACCAGUCCUCCGCGAAUUGGAAAAUGAAUCGGACACGAUCGAAGAUUCGGUCUUCACCGCUCGCUUUGAAGACUCCCGCCAAAUGCUACAACAGAUUGGUGAAUGUCGCAAGAAGAUCAUGGCUCUCACGCGGCUCUUGGGCGGCAAAGCAGAUGUCAUCAAGUCUUUUGCCAAGAAGUGCAACGAAGCCUAUGCCGUGGCUCCAAGAGGCGAUGUUGGGUUGUAUCUGAGUGACGUGCAAGACCAUAUCGUCACCAUGAUGUCCAACCUCGGGCACUUUGAAAAGAUGCUCUCGCGUAGCCACACCAACCACUUGACACAGAUAACGCUGGAGCACACGCACCAAGGUUCGCGAUCCAAUGAGUUGCUUGGCAAGCUCACAGUACUAGCGACGGUGUUGGUGCCAAUGAAUCUAGUCGCAGGACUAUUCGGCAUGAACGUCCACGUUCCGGGACAAGGCCAGGAGACGUACGCAUGGUGGUUUGGAAUCGUCGGUACGAUCUUCACGUUUGGGAUCGUUUGUGUUCUUUUGGCGAAGAAGUUCAAGUUCAUCUGA